UUCCGGCGAAAUGCAUAUAAAGGCACGAAUAUUUUCUUGUAUUAGUCAGUAUUUGUUGAGAAAAGAUGCAAAUCCUUGUUGUCUUUCUACUGUUUACUACCUGCAAGCUGUCAACGCAACUAGGAGUUUAUGAUAGAGAAAAUGGUAGACUACUAAGAGACCUUCAUCAUGGUAAACUCUUCCAGACAAUUGGGGAUUGGUUUGGAGAUUUAAAAAAUCACAUUAACGAAAGAUUAUUUGGACAAACGACAACGACAACGACAACGACAACGACAACGACAACACUAUCUCCUUUGCCGAUAGAAAUAUUAAAUUUGGAUAAAUUUCAAUUGCAGAAGAGAUUAAGAAAUCGUGAAUGGUUUCUUUUAGACUUAACUAAUUUAACGUUUGAUCCUAACCAUGAUUGGGGAUUCCACGUCGGCAGUUGGUAUUUUAUUCGGAAAGGAUUUAAAGAUCGUUAUGGAUCUGGAAACGAUUUUAACGAAUCGGAUCUUCAGUCGAGUCAAAGUACCAUUCAGUCGCAAGAUCCAACUGAAGUAAACAUUGCAGAGACUUUUGAAACCACAAACGAUUUUGUGACAACAGAAUUUUCGUCAGCUAUAUCAACAACAAUAACACAAAGUGAGAUGCCAUUGGUAACAACACAAAACUCUAUGGAAACCUAUUCAUCUGAAAGUUCUUCAUCAACGUACGUAUCGGUAGAGGAUGAUAAAAUCACUAAGGAUUUUACUCAGAAAGGAUCCGUAGAAGUUUUAAUAGGAUAAUGUAGUAUACAUCCUUAUGAGUAAUAAAAUGCGACUUUUAUUAAACUGUGUAACUAGAACACGAUCGGUUUUUGUAUCAAAAUAAACAUUUUCACAAUUAAAA